AUGCAACCACCAGCACAAAAUAAUGUUUUUGACGGCGGAGAAGCCCCCGUUAAAAUGAACGACGUGGCUGUGAUUGGCUAUUCUCUGCGAUUCCCUGGGGAUGCUACCUCACCUCAGAAGUUUUGGGAAAUCCUCAAAGAUGGCCGAUCAGUUAUGACUGAAGUGCCAGCUGAGCGUUUCAAUAUUAAUGGAUUUUAUCACCCAGAUGGUUCACGCAACGACACUAUGAAUUGCCGCGGAGGGCACUUCCUAACCCAGAAUGUCGCCGCAUUCGACGCACCUUUCUUCUCAAUGAACCCUUCCGAAGUGGAGAGCAUGGAUCCGCAACAGCGAUGCUUACUGGAGACUUCAUAUAGAGCAUUUGAAAACGCUGGGCUCCCCAUGGAGAAGGUCGCAGGCUCCAACACCUCUGUGUACGUGGCAGCUCUUGGUAUUAACUACGUCAGAAUGUUUGAAUUCGACGAAGAGGUCCAUGCGCCAUACAAGGCCAACGGUAACUCUGGUGCCAUCUUGGCAAACCGUUUGAGCUGGUUUUAUGACUUACUUGGUCCGAGCAUGACCAUUGAGACGGCAUGUUCCGGUAGCCUCGUCAGUCUUCAUCUUGCUUGCCAAAGCCUUCACUCGAAAGAAUCCAAGAUGAGUCUCGUUUGCGGAACAAAUUUAUACCUAGAGCCAUUAUCAGACGUAAUUUCGCUGUCGUCUCUGAAGUUCAUCUCUCCAGAUAGCCGUUGCCACAGCUUUGAUGCGAAGGGCAAUGGCUAUGCAAAGGGCGAUGGCUUUGGCGUUUUGGUUCUAAAACGGCUUGGAGAUGCUGUGGCAGACGGCGACGUAAUCCGAGCUGUUAUUCGUGGAACUGCGAUAAACCAGGAUGGCCACACUCCCAAUAUGUCUCAGCCUAGCCUUGCAGCCCAGGAGAGACUAAUUCGGACGGCCUACCAGGAUGCGGGCCUCGACUUCAAGGAAACGCGUUUGUUCGAGGCGCAUGGUCCAGGAACUUUGAUGGGUGAUCUGAUCGAGGCCAAUGCGAUCAGAAAUGUCUUCCAGAAGGAAUGGAGGCCGGAUGAUCCGUUAUACAUAGGGUCUGUCAAGGCUAAUAUUGGACACUUGGAGGCCACUGCGGGUCUUGCCAGUGUAAUAAAGAUGAUUCUGUGUCUGGAAAGAGGUAUCAUCCCUCCCAUUGCAGGGUUCGAGAACCUCAACCCUCAGAUUUCAUCAAAGGAAUGGAAUCUCGAAUUCCCCAAGGAGGCCAUACCCUGGCCUACAGAUGGCCUUAGACGUGCCUCGGUUAAUGCAUUUGGGUAUGGUGGUUCAAAUGCCCACGCUAUCCUAGACGAUGCCUAUAACUACCUGAAGGAGCGCGGCAUCGAGGCGCGUCAUGUAACCGCCACAUUACCACCAAGACGAAUGGCUCUUUCCGGUGAGAAGACUCGAAGAAAUUCUACCAACGGUUCAAAUUAUCACAUCACCAAUGGACAUACGGCAGAUGUUCACGAUGAUAUCAAGGCGAAUUCUAACGGAAAUACUACGAGUCUUGGAGAUUCCAAAGUGGCACAGAGGAAUGAUCCCUUCCUCUUCGUCUAUUCUGCUGCCGACUCUGGAGGAGUUGACAGACUUGCUACGGUUUAUAAGGAAUACCUCUCAUUGAUAAGCCAUGAGGACACGUCCAUGGAAUUCCUCCGCAAUCUUGCAUACACUCUGUCGAAUAAGCGCAGUCUUCUUCCGUACAAGUCAUAUGUGCUUGCAGAGACUGUGCAGGAUUUGACGACGAAAUUGCAAAGUGUUCCGAAGCCUGUUCGCUCAUCUACCCCCCCAAAGCUGCUGUUCGUCUUCACUGGCCAAGGCGCGCAGUGGGCCAGAAUGGGUAUUGAGCUUUCCAUCUUUGAAAAUUUCAAUGAGAGUCUCCAAGCAGCGGAUGUCUACAUGAGACAACUAGGAAGUUCUUGGUCUCUCAUUGAGGAGCUACAAAAGCCGAAGGAAGCCUCCCAAAUUGAUAGCCCGGACCUAUCACAGCCUCUAUGCACCGCUCUUCAGAUUGCUUUGGUCGAGUUGUUGGCAACCUGGGGCAUUACUCCCUCGGGCAUUGUAGGCCACUCCUCUGGAGAGGUUGCGGGGGCUUUCAGUGCUGGCUCUAUAUCCCGCGAGUCUGCCUGGGCCAUUGCUUACUUUCGAGGCGCUGUUGCUUCACGACUCGCCACAGCUACUGCGAAUUCGCCGGAAAAGGGUGCUAUGAUGGCGGUUGGCCUGUCAGAAUCAGAGCUUCAGCCAUACUUUGAAGAUAUUGCCAAACUGUACGGUGCUGGGUCGCUGUCUGUGGCUUGUUUCAAUAGCAGCACAAAUACUACGGUGUCGGGACUAGAGAAGGCUAUAGACGAACUCAAGUCUCGCCUCGACGCCGAUUCCGCUUUUGCUCGCAAGCUCAGGAUUCCGGUAGCCUACCACUCGUCGCAUAUGCAAGUUAUCGCAGACGAGUACUUGAGUCUGCUACAAUCAAUUGCUCCACCACCCAAAUCCGAGAAGAACGCCUACGCUCCAUCAUUUGUAUCGUCGGUCACUGGGAAGCCUAUUGACGUGCGAAAACUCUCUCAGCCGCAAUACUGGGUUGAUAAUCUUGUAUCGCCUGUUCGAUUCUCUGAGGCAAUCAAAGAGUUUGUUUCAUUCGAUAAUGGCGGUCCAUCAGCCAUGCGUAAUGCUAAUUAUUUUGUUGAGAUUGGUCCUCACCCAGCCAUGCAGCGUGCCGUAAUGGAUAGCCUGGAGAACCCAAGAUACGGCUCCACUGUGCGGCGAGAUAUGUCAGGGGUGCUCUCUCUGAAGCAGCUUUCCGGUGAGCUUUGGAUGGAAGGAUUCCCAGUUCAGAUUGACAUUGUCAAUCGCCAUGAUGACACAGACCCAUGGAUGAUCACAGACUUGCCGGAAUAUCCUUUCAACGAUUCCCAUACGUACUGGCUGGAAAGCCGUCUCUGGAAGAACUAUAGAACCCGUGAAAACAUUCGACACGAGCUUCGCGGUAUUCCUGUUACCGAUUGGAAUCCCUUCGAGCCAAGGUUCAGGUUCACAAUCCGCCUUUCCGACCUCCCGUGGUUAACAGACCAUCGAGUGAACGGAACGAUUUUAUAUCCUGGGGCUGGGCUGGCCAUCAUGGCGUUCGAAGCUGCAAGAUAUCUGAACAAGCCUGGUCAACCCGUAACAGGCUACCGCCUACAGAAUGUCUCUGCUUUUGCGGCUAUUCCAGUGCCCGAUACCCCCGAGGGUGUCGAGAGCCAAAUUUACCUCCGCAAUCAGGACAAUAGCCGCACGACGGGCUCCAAGACAAUUGAGUGCAGGGAGUUCCGUAUUUGUUUGUACACCGAAAACGAGUGGAAAGAGGUCUCUGCCGGCUCUGUCACAACGGAAUAUGAAGAAGAAACUCCUGAUGAGAUCUAUGCUUGUGACGAGGCUAGUGUAUUUAGAGAUGAAUGCCUGUCUCGGUAUCAAGAGGCCCAAAAGCGAUGUACUGCAAGGGGCAACCCAUCAACGUUCUAUGAGUCAGCCCAUAGGACCGGAUAUGGCUUUGGUCCGAGCUUCAACACCCUGCAUGAUGUAGCCUACGACUCCAAUGGAGCCCAGGCUAUUGGUACAAUCUGGCCAGACGAGUGGAAGUCCAAGGUCCCCGAGAUUAACGCCAAUGUUCAACCUCAUCUCAUUCACCCUUCCGCUCUUGAUGGAAUAUUUCAGGUCACUGCAGUAGCCACAACCAAAGGUGGCACCAUUGAUGGUCCUCUCCAGGCUCCAACCCAGUUCCGAGACUUCUGGAUCUCGCAUGAUCUUCUUUCCCGAACACCAGAUACUCAGCUUCAAGUUGUUGCCCACAGAACCCGCGAAGCAGUUCGGGAGACUGAAUCCUCUAUACUUGCCUUGCGCUCUGACACCGGGGAGCCAGCUCUGAAGAUUGAUGGAUACAGGGCAACUACCGUGUCACACAUGGGUUACAUGCCAUCCGAGAGACGUAACAUCUUCUACCGCCUAGACUGGAAGGCUGACGUCGACUUGUUGAGUCGAGGUCAAAAGGAGAAUUACAUCUUGGAAAAUGAGCCUAUGCGCGUUGAAUGGGAGCCUGCCAAACAGGUUGUGGUUCUAUACUACAUGGACCAGAUGCUGAAAGAGUUGGACACACCCGGGUUCCAGAAGCUAAAUGGUCAUUUGCAGAAAUAUAUAACUUGGGUUCGCAAUAGGUUCGCAGAGCUCAGUGAGAGCAACCCCCUCUUGCAAUCGCCAUGGAAAGAGAUUCUACAAGACAAGCAUCGUUGCACCCAAUUCCUAGAAGACUUCGCAGCAUCUGGAGUUGUCAACAGGGCUAUCUUUACUUUUAUCAAAGAGCUUGUGCCCUUCAUCCGCGGAGAAACGGAUCCUUUAGAUCUUCUUUUCAACCAAAACCUCGCAAAGGACCUUUAUGCCGACGUGAUAUUCUCGGUGAGUGCCAAGAGAAUGGCAGCUUUCAUAGAUCUCUUGGCCCACAAAAACCCUAGCAUGAACAUUCUGGAGCUUGGUGCAGGAACUGGGAGUGGUACUGCGCCUACCCUGUCUACCCUGGGAAAGCAAGGCGGUCAUGAAGGGGCUACUCCCAGAUUCAGUAGCUACACUUUUACGGACAUCUCCCCGAGCUUUUUUGAAAAAGCCAAAGUGCAGUUUGCAGAAUAUGCCGAUCGCAUGAUCUUUCAAACAUUGGACAUCGAACGAGACCUAGAGGAUCAAGGAUUUGAAUCGGGCAAAUAUGACCUCGUCGUUGCCGCAACGAUGGUACAUGCGACAGAGUGUAUUGCCGAGUCGUUGGCUCGCGCGCGUAGGCUGCUCAAGCCUGGCGGUUACCUUGUCAUAAUAGAGCCAACAAAUAAAAAGGACAUCCCGCUGAACGGUAUCUGGGGCACUCUGUCAGGGUGGUGGAGGUCGACUGAGGCAGACCGAUCCUGGUCUCCUCUGUAUUCUCAAGACGAAUGGGAUCAUUACUUGAAGAAGGCCGGGUUUACCGGGUGCGAAGCAGCUAUCACUGAUUUUCCUGAUGUGGAACACCAUACAGUCAGCUUGAUCAUUUCGCGCGCGGCCUCACAAGAACCAGCUACGCCAGUUUGCUCUCCCGGUUCUCUGUUGAUUGUUGCGGAGACUGAGAUCCAGAACAAAGUAGCGCAGGAAAUCACGUCCCAGGCAAAUUCAACGAACACGGGAUUCGCUAUCCAGGUCGUCACACCAGAGAUGCUCCAGCAUCAGGAUCUGCACGCUGAUAUCUGUAUGUCAUUGCUGGAAUACGGGCGCCCAUUUCUAUCAGCAAUGAGCGAAAGUGACUUCAGGCUUCUCAAACAAUUGGUUGAUACAUCUUCAAAGAUAUGUUGGGUGACAAAUGGUGCUGGUGAAAAGGCCCCGAUUCCAGAGAACGCCAUGAGCUCCGGCUUCAGCCGAGCGCUCAUAAUGGAGCAUCAAGGUGUUCACAUGACAAACCUAAACAUUGACAACGUUGAAGACAUUUCUUACGCUGCAAAAAUGAUUAGCAACGUUACUGAAGCCUAUUUUGGUGUUUCUGAUAUCAAUGAUAGGGAAGGGGACUACUCCGUUGUGGAUGGCACGGUCCUUAUCUCGCGAGCUGUAGAGGCAAACGACAUCAACGAUUACUCUCAUUCUCAGAACGCUAACCUGCCCAUUGAGAGAAGGCAUCUUCAAAGGGAGCCUACAGAGCCCCUUAAAGUCCAGUUCUCUCCAGGUCAGCUAGACAGCUUCCGGUUUGUUCGCGAUGGAGAUGUCGGCGAGCCACUAGCUGACAAUGAGGUUGAAGUCGAGGUUAGAGCAUCACCAAUUAACUUCAAGGAUGUCUUGGUCGUACUGGGGCAGGUGACUGAUAAUUAUAUUGGCAACGAGUUUGCCGGAGUUGUCCGAAGAGUCGGCGCCGGGGUAAAGGAGUUUGCACCUAACGAUCGUGUCACAGGCCUAGCGUCAGGGACGUUCAAGACAUUCGUCCGUCACCAAACCCACACAGUGGUUCACAUCCCCGACGAUCUACCUUUUGUCGAGGCCUUGCCCUCAGUUUGGCUAACGGCGUUGUACGGCCUCAGUCAUCUUGGGCGUCUCCAAAAGGGAGAGUCUGUCCUGAUUCACGCCGCUGCUGGUGGGGUUGGACAGGCAGCUAUUCAGCUAGCCCAACAUAUUGGCGCCGAUAUCUUUGUCACCGUUAGCUCGCAAGCCAAGAAAGACCAUCUCCAGAACCUGUUUAACAUUCCCGACAAUCGUUUCUUUUCUAGCCGACACCUUGCCUUUGGCAAACAAAUAAUGCGCGCCACUAACGGCCGGGGUGUGGAUGUUGUCUUGAAUUCUCUUUCGGGAGAGGCACUUGUCGAGUCUUGGAAGUGUAUCGCGUCAUUGGGACGUUUCAUUGAGAUUGGAAAGCGCGACAUGGAGACGUUUCAGAAACUCCCUAUGCAUACCUUCCUAAGGAAUGUAACUUUUGCGUCCGUCGACCUCCUGAAUGUGUACAACAACCACCCUACACUGAUAAGAAAACUCAUGGACGAAAUGAAAGAGCUUGUGUUUUCCAAAACGCUUAGAGCUCCCCAGCCUGUAACCUUGUUCUCCCCUGCGGAUAUCGAGUCGGCUUUCCGAUACCUCCAGACUGGCCGCCACAUGGGUAAAGCCGUGAUCAGUUGGGAAAAAGAGGGGGAAAUUCCUAUUAUACCUACUGUCGACCCAGGAUACCAAUUUGACUCGCAGGCCACGUAUGUCAUUGCCGGUGGUUUGGGUGGAAUUGGUAGGAGUGUUGCCAGCUGGUUCUCAACUCGGGGUGCCAAAAAUUUGAUCUUGUUAUCGCGCUCUGGGGCCGUCUCUGAAUCUGCACGCGAGCUAGUCAAUAACCUUACCGCGCGGGGGGUGAAUGUUGCUACCCCUCAAUGCGACAUCUCGAACACAGUGUCUCUGGACGCAGCCCUAAAAGAAUGUGACCACAUGCCUCCGAUCAAGGGCGUUAUUCAAGGCGCCAUGGUUCUCAAGGACCGACCCUUUGAUCUCAUGACCAAAGACGAAUGGCAGGCGGUUCAAAAGCCCAAAAUGACGGGCACCUGGAAUCUUCACAACAAGUUGCCCUGCGACAUGGACUUUUUCGUCAUACUCUCCUCUCUUGGUGGCAUGAUUGGCGUUAAAUGUCAGGCACAGUACAACGCUGCCGGCACAUUCCAAGACGCUUUUGCCCGGCACCGCUGGUCACAAGGGCAAAAGUGCAUCUCAAUUGAUAUUGGCCUCGUCACUGCCGUGGGAUACGUAGCUGAACAACAGUCGAUGUCUGGAUUAUCUCAGCGAUGGAUUGACGAGGGCUUCGAAGUGCUUCGUGAGGAAGAGCUACACAGUGUCGUGGAUUGGGCAUGCAAUGCUAACAUCACGAUUGGUUCAGGCUGGAACACACAGGUCCUGUCCGCGCUAAAUAGUCCCAACUCACGACUAGCGCAAGGCAAAGAUCUGCUCCCGUAUAUGAAGCGUCCUAUGUACCGUCACUUGCAUCAGACAGAUCAAGGUGGUGAGCUUCACUCCCUAGAGUCCAACAAGGAGGUUGACUACGGUGUCCUGCUUAUGGAGGCGACAUCCGUGCUGGAGGGGGGAAGGAUCAUAGCAUCUGCGCUGGCAAAGAGACUUUCUCAAGCCCUCUCUGUCCCUGAAGAGGACAUCGACAAAAGCAAACCCGCGCACAGCUUUGGGGUUGACUCACUUGUUGCAGUUGAACUACGAUUCUGGUUCGCUACUAAGCUGAAGGUGGAGCUUUCCCUUUUCGAUAUAAUUGCGAACAUCAGUAUUGAGGAGUUAGGUCAGUUGGCAGCGGAAAAAUGCCAGUAUCUCUCACAAAAGUGA